AUGACGCCCAAGGGAUCGCGCAAACGGGCGAAGCCCAGCCCUUCUGGCGCGGCCUCACCGUCCCCCGCAUCGCCGAGGAAUGACGGGCGAGACCGCUCGAACUCCCAGCCUUCAGGACACGCAAGUUGGUAUCCCGGGUCCUGGUCGACUGCCUCGCGAGUGUCCAAGGCGGCUCCAGUUACCGAGGUUGCCCGUGAGAGCAUCUCGGUCGCUCAAAACGUCGCCUGCAGUCUCGCGGAACACUCGACCUCCCUCUUUGACUCUCCCAAACGAAAUCGAGCGCCUUCCAUUCAGCUCAUCAAAAAAGCCGGUGCAUCUACCCGUUCGCUUCCUGCUGGCGUGACUACAACAAAAGUCAAUAUUGCUUCAGAUGGAUCGGCUUCUACAACAGCUCUAGACAGCCUUGAGGAUACUCCUGCAACAGGGGUACCGGCAACAGAUAAAGAAUCAUCUUCCGAUACUCCAGUUAGACCCCAGGAGAAAGCAGCCGAAGGACAACAGUCGAAUCUUGAUACCAGUCCGGAUUCCAACACUUUACAUGCAGGACAUGCAGCUGAGCAACCUGGUGGAUGGUUCUCGUGGAUUUACCCAACAGCGCCCGCACAGCAAGAUACCGUGAACGGAUCCGAAUCAACAGAUCAAAUCCAGAGCUCAACCGACAGUGCCCAGAUGACAAAUAAAGCCGAUAUCGAAACAAGUACAGCACAACUUCCCGAAGAAGGACAGCAACAAUCGGUACAAAAACAGGACGAAGGGCCUUCCCAGGCAGAAGCUACUCCCGAGACCGCUUCAACUGCACAGAAACGCUCUUGGUUGCAAAUGUGGUACGGCUCUUCGGCAACUAAGCAAGAAGAUCAAGCAGCAGUAGAAACGGACGAUCUGCCUCCCACCAAAUCAGACCCGCCAACUAGCAAGGACGCGGAUAUGUCACACAAGGACUCUGCAGAACAACAGGAAGAAGAGCCACCCGCUAAACCUUCAGGAUGGUCAUUUUGGUCGAAAGAUCCACCGAAAGAUGUGACGCCAGGACAGCCACAGGAAGUUGAGGCAGUCGAGGCAUCAAUAGCACCCGAUACCGCAUCUAGAUCAACAAGACUCGAGCCAGACCCCGAAGCCAAUGUGAAUAUCACAAAGAAGGGCAGCCUGAAAGUCAAACCGCCUGUUGAUGGUUAUUUGAAGGAUGGGGCUCUAUCUACCAUCGAGGCGACAUCUACAUUCACGCCACAUACAGAGCCUCGACCUACCGAUUCUACUGCCUCCAAGCAACUACAAAACAUUCUGCCAAAUCAAGUGCUACCCCGUUUCGAAGACACAUACCACUUGGAAGAAUCACCCUCUUUGUUUCAAUCCCUUGGCCGAUUUCUACACUACAGCAAAGGUCCCGAGCACAACCAUGUAUCCCGUGUUAAAGAACCACCUCGAAUUAAACGCGCACUGGCUAUAGGCGUUCAUGGAUAUUUCCCUGCUCCCCUAAUUCGAAGCGUGCUUGGACAACCUACAGGAACAUCCAUUCGAUUCUCCAGCAUGGCCGCAGAAUCCAUUCGGAAAUGGACAGCAGACCAUGGAUACUCAUGUGAAGUUGAAAAAAUUGCAUUAGAAGGGGAAGGUCGCAUAACCGAGCGAGUAGACUUGCUGUGGAAGUUGCUUUUGAACUGGAUGGAGGAAAUUCGCAAGGCAGAUUUCAUUCUGGUCGCAUGUCACAGUCAAGGUGUACCGGUCUCAAUUAUGUUAGUCGCAAAGCUGAUAUCUUUUGGCUGUGUCAACGCCUCACGGGUAGGCAUAUGUGCCAUGGCUGGUGUCAAUAUGGGUCCCUUUUCCUCUUAUCGGUCUAGAUGGAUAAGUGGAUCCGCCGGGGAGUUGUUCGACUUUGAGCUGCCUUCCAGCAAAGUGUCCAAGGACUAUGAAUCUGCAUUAAGAUGUGCACUUGACUUUGGCGUUCGAAUCUCUUAUGUUGGGAGCAUUGACGAUCAACUCGUCUCGCUAGAGUCUUCGCUAUUUUCUCCGAUUGCCCACCCAUACAUCUAUCGCUCUGUUUUCGUGGACGGUAGAGUGCACGCACCAAGCUUUGUCUCUCACCUUGUUGGCUUCGCCUUGAAACUCCGAAAUCUUGGUAUUCCAGACCAUGGUUUAAUCCGCGAACUCAGCACCCCACUGGCUGGGAGUCUGUAUACCGGUGAUGGCCAUUCCCGAUUAUACGAUGACGAAGCCGUAUACUAUAUGGCUAUCCAGUUUGCACUGGAAACUUCAACGACACCGGAUGCCACAUUGAAGAUCAAACGAUCCAACCCUUCUACAGCUUCGAACCCCUACAUACUCCCCUUCGCAAUGCGCGGUCUUCUUGAGGAAGAGCAUGUGCGCCGUGAGCUACAAGAGGAGACGAUGGAGCUUCUACGUCAGUUUGACGAUUGGAAGCCAUCAAGCAAGGUUUUGAAGGAUGUCAAAUUCAGGUUAGAGGGCAUUCGGUCAAAACUGUAG